GCUUUGACCCGGUAGAAGCCAUGAGCCGCAAGAUCUUGGCUCAAUGGGAGUUGCCGCUUACGCCUGAGAUCCCGGUGAAGGCGUCGGCGAUCCCGAACUCCAUGGCGGGCCAAGGCACCUGCUUCGCGGAUGUCAGCGAACUCUUUAGGGACUGGCGAGAAGUGAUCGCAGACCCCAAGAAGGACAAGAAGCUGCUGGAUGCCAAGGUCCCCCUCGCGGUCGAGCGUACCCUGCUUCGUUGGCUGCGCUCUGCCGUGAUUCUAGCGUCCCUCAGCGCAUUCCUGAUGGGCCUGGGCAACAAGGCCGCGCGGGUGAACGGCGGGCUUCUUGCGGUGGCCGCAAUGAUCAUGGUGACCGUGCCAGUUUUCAAAUUCCUGCGGCGCUCGCUGGAUGUGAGCAAGGCCAAGGCGAUCCAGCCCAUGACGGACAGAUCUUUGGUCCAGGUGAUAGGCGCCCUGAUGGCCGGCGUGUUGCUGACGGUGCUGCUCGUGGACAUUGUUAUCCACUGA